AUGUGUGCUUGCAAGUCUGGUUCAGUGACCAUAGUGGAUGGGUUAAAGGCAGCAGAUCCCAAGGAAAAAUGCCCCCUCUGCCGAGAGGCAGGAGUUUAUGAAGGUGCUGUGCACUUGGAUGAGCUGAACAUUCUAUUGAGCCGGAAUUGUCCUGAAUAUUGGGAAGAACGUCUUCGGGUUGAAAGAGUGGAAAGAGUUCGGCAGGCCAAGGAGCAUUGGGAAUCCGAGUGCCGGGCAUUCAUGGGCGUCUGAAUUAAAGAGAUCUUUUUCCUUCAGUGUUAGAAAUAUGGUACCACUGCAUAAAUCAGUUGAUGUUUCCUUGGUUGGGGAUGUUCUGUAUCUCGCACAUGCGAAUAAAUUUGUACAUAUCUAUGUUUUGUUCCAUGUAAUGACAUUUUGGAGUUCUUCAUAAGGCUUGUUAGUGUCUUGCUAGGCUGAAAUGGAGUGCAAUUGUUGUAAAAUGUUGGUUGUUGUUCAGAGUUUAGGGUUUAUGGAGGGUGAAUUCCCUAUAAAGUAUUUGGGAGUCCCUAUUAUAUC